AUUUCGAGAAAAAUUCAGCUACGAAUAGUUUUUUAGAGUCUAGUAGAGUAUAUUUCUAUCGUUGUCUUGCGUGGCCAUGUUAUCUUUACUCGGGCCGGUUUUAGUACUAUAAUUAAAUGAUCAGACCAUUUUUCGAGAAGUUAUUAAUAGUAUUGAUGGAAUUUUUCUAGAGAAUAACGGGAAUUCGGGAACAAGAAUAUUUUUCAAAGUAAUGCUUAUCAUAAUGCUUCAAAAAGACCAUCUAAUAAUAUCUAAUUAUCCACAUAAUAAAACUGUUCUGUGAUUUUGUCCUUUUUAAAUUCGAAUUUCGUGUCCCGUGGUUGCCUGUCAGUGUCACGUUUUGGGGUUAUAUUAUUGUUAAAAAAGAUAAACCACUAUAUAAUUGUCAUAAUUUGCAUAAUUUAUCAGUGUUAAAUGGAUUCGAAUAAAACGCAAACAUUCAUUUUAAGCGUCAAUGAUUUUGGUCAGAAGAUAUGUACGUCACAGUCGGAGCCAAACAAGAAGUGAGGUUAUCUUAUCAAAAAUCAGGAAUUUUACAACAAAUGAACAUAACUUUCAGGUAUAUUCUGGACGACGAAGGUAACAUGACCGAAUAUCAACCAGAGACAUCAAUUUGCGCCGUUAAGUUGGACAGUCAAGGCAAUAUUAGUGAAGAGAGCAAUGAUACUACGAACACAGAGGAGAAUGAGAACUCACAAUUAGCAGACACUACACAUCUAGGCAUUAUGAAUGCUUUGGAUGGUGUGGCAGAGUUUGAAGAAAACCUGAUGAAUGAGCUUGAUUCAGACUUUAUGAACAUGGUGCCAAACCCACAAUCUCAAUAUAUAAUGCAGCAUAUGGACAUCAGAGAACCACUAACAAAGCUGAAAAAACUCAUUGAGCAUCGACUUGGUGUUGGAUUACAAGGAUAUAUCUUUGCACUGCAGGGUGUACAAAUGUUGGAAGAUCAUAUGAACCUGGUAGAUCAAUGUGUCCAAGGUGAAGGUAUUGUACAAAUUAAUGUACAAGUACAAACUAACUUGAAAAGAAUUAAUAUCAUUGAUGUCUUGAAACCUGCUGAAGACUAUGUUCAUACAGAAGAUACAGAAACCGAUAACAACUCGGAAAAGGAUGAUGACCAAUCUGAGUCUAAUAAUUCAGAAAAAAGAAAAGCUAUAGUUCAGUGGCAAGUAGAUUCUGGUUAUAAAAAGGAUCAGGAAAGAUUAAAAAUACCUUCAGAUCCAAAGGACUGGUCAGAAUUUCAUGUGAGGCAUUGGUUGAUAUGGGCAGUGAGAACUUUCAAUUUACCAAACAUAAAAUUGAGUGAUUGGGAUAUGAAUGGAGAAAGGUUGAUGGAACUUACUAUAGAGGAAUUCAAAAAAAUUUGCCCUAAUGAUUCCGGUGAUAUCUUUUGGACUCAUUUGGAACUGCUAAGGAAGAUGAAAGUUGUGGCAACAAAGAAACUGGAUUCUCCGAAAAGUAUGAAGUCAGCACAGCUAAAGAAUUCAAAUAAAAGAGACAUGAAAGCAUUCAAAUAUGCCACAGCAGUGAAGUAUUUUGAUGCAGUGCAUUAUGCUCAAAAUGGCAACAAGACAGUACUACAAUGCAGUAAUGGACAAAUACAACUGUGGCAGUUUCUUUUAGAGUUGCUGACUAGCAGAGAGUACAGUAGCAUAAUACAAUGGAUAGGUAAGGAAGGGGAGUUUCGUCUGAACCACCCUGAACUUGUUGCACAGCUUUGGGGAGAACGUAAAAAUAAACCAAUGAUGAAUUAUGAAAAGCUAUCAAGAGCUCUCAGAUACUACUAUGAUGGGGAUAUGAUCAGCAAAGUUCAUGGAAAAAGAUUUGUCUAUAAAUUUGUGUGUGAUUUGAAACAACUCUUGGGCUACAGUGCAGUAGAGCUGGCGAAUUUGGUGAAAAACGGCAAUCCUGCUGAUAACUCCUGAAGCACCGUCAUAAAAUUGAAUAACAUUGUUUAAUUCUUGUUGACUAAUGAUUAAGAUAACAUGCUGUGAUAUGUUUGAUAAUUAUUAAUAAAGUUGUACACUUUUCUAAUACAUCGCAC